AUGUACAGGUCUUGUGGGUUGGGUCGGUUACUGGGUGCUGCAGGAAAGUGGCUAGGGGAAAGGGAGGAUAGAGGCAGGCCCAAGAAAACAGUGCGACAUGUCUGUGUUCGUUGUUGCUCCCUGCCGCCGUGGCAUUUUCUGGUUUCCGCCAUUUUUUGGUGGUGGUGUCUCUUUGCACACCAAAAACUGGCGGUGGAAAGGGCGGGUUUGGCGGCCUUAAGGGGCCGGGGUCCUCCCUGGGAUUGGCAGUGGAUAUGGGACAGUGGAGUAGUGGGACCCAAAGAUUCCACAGGCCCAUUUCAGCUUUUCUCUGCAUCACCGGUUUCCUACCUGUUCAAGUUCGAUGCGUCAAAAUUAGCCCACAUCGCCAAUGAUGCCGGUCGCACUCCAGCUCAGGAACGGCGAUUCCGAGCACGACGCACCCCUUGCUGGGUCUGUCACGGCAUCGUCAUUGCUAUCGGUCAGUCAAUCAGGCCUGUUCAGCACCACGGCCACCUGUCGGCCAUUCUCUGCAGUACCGCAGGUGGGGACUAUGUAUGUGAUAUCAAAGUUGAAAAUAAGGCACAUAUGCACAUAACGGCGGAGCUUAGCAUAGCCUCAUUCAAAUUCAUACUCCGUUAG